GGCAAAGAAAAUCGUACACUUCAGUAUAGUGCCAUGUCAGAGAGCCAUAUUCUGACGAACUGGGGUGCUUGGGACUGUAGUUAAACCACCAUGUUUACUUGGCCUUGCAGCACCGGGCUUCAGUGUCUCUGUGUGCUUGUCCGGGUCGCAUGAAGUGCGGGACGUUUUGACAAGGAAAUUUUGUUGUGGAUCCUGGCUGCUGGAAGGCCGCGUGUAGCUAGUUAGCCAACCUGUUAGCAUGCUAGCUACAAGUGUUGAGUAUAGGGAUUAACUUGUCCCAGAACAGUGUUCCAUUUGUUAUAUGAAGUAUAUGACAAUACGUAUUGUCUUGGUGUGAACUGAUUUAGUGUCAGUGUAUGUGUAGCUAGGUCUUCACGCAGAACAGGUAUUGCCACACUGAGAUGAAACGUCGCUAGCUAGCUACUUGAGCUAGUUUGCCAACUGCAGUUAGCUAACGCGCUAGCAUAACCACCGUUGGCUAUCGUCUUGCUGGCUAGCGAAAAGACCACGGUGUGGCACCAGCAUGUAGCAAGUCAGACUUUUAACUAGCUACAACUCUGUUGCCACCCUUCAUCAUAAUUAUAACUCUUCUCUCAACUUUUAGUCAUUAGGAGAUGUGUUAGCUAAUGUCAGUUGCGAGUGUCCAGUCAUUGCCUCAACUAUCUAUGCUUGUUUAACCUUAAGUUAUUUGAGUUGUUAGCUUGUUACAUUAGCUGACGUAACGUUAAUGUUUUAAACCGAGGAUGAUUUCCACUUAACAUUCCCAAGUGAACAUAAUGGCUUGUAGAGAGCAUUGCAGGGCAACUUAAUAAUGAUUCAGUAACACAGCUAACGUUAGAUUCAUGAUCUAUAAUAACAAGACGGGUCGAUCUGACUAACGUUAGGUAGCUGUGUGUUUCCCUGCUUUCCUGUUAGAUUGGUGUUAACGUUAAACGGUGGGCUCAAAGCAGUUCACAAAGUAGUUAAUAUCCGGGCAACUUUGCAAGAACACAGUGGUCAGUCAUUUUUUCCCGCAGACGUCAGCCGUUCCACUUUAUCAACAAUUCAGAUCUGAAAUAAUCAAACUGAUAACAGUUAUGUUGUUGUAGAUAGUUGAGCUUUGGCUCGUAAAUGAUUUCAAAGGAGUCGCAACGUUAUGUAAACUCAGACGUUCAGUUUUUACGUCGUGUGAACGCUGUGGGAGAAUUGCUACAAAUAUCGCAAGCUGCAGUUAAAUUGCUGUAGUUACUGUUAACUACAAACUUACACGUGGCUUAUCUUGGCUCCCAUAUGGUCCGUGGUAUUGUGAGUCUACUGUCUCCGUUUGUGUCCUCUGUUUGAGGAAGCUUAAUAAAUCCUUGCGUUCAAGCCUACAUUUAAGUGAAAGUCUUAGCAGUAGAGACAAAUAAACAACUGCUUUUCUUAGGCAAAACAUGAUUAUUUGUUUAUUUAUUUGUUGAAGAAAAGACACCCUCCAAGUUGUCAAUUACAGGUGUCUGACAUACCCUCUUUGCAGGCUGGGGGAGACUUCCUAAAAUAGCUUUAGCAGAUUGAAAUUGUACACUGCUUGUGUGCUAGUGGGAUGGACUAUAUAUCCCGAGGAGUUGGAAUACGUUAAAAACUUCAAGGAAGAAUGGCCGAAACCCAGACGCUUAACUUUGGACCAGAAUGGCUCCGUGCCCUGUCUGGAGGUGGUGGCAGCGGUGGUGGUGGAAGUGGCUGUGCAGUUGCCUCUCCACCCCUCUCACCUGCGUUGCCAAAGUAUAAACUUGCAGACUAUCGCUAUGGGAGAGAAGAAAUGUUAGCACUUUAUGUAAAGGAUAACAAGAUCCCUAUAGACCUACACGAUAAGGAGUUCCUGCCCAUAUUGCAAGAGGAGCCCUUGCCACCUCUGGCACUCGUGUCUUUUACAGAAGAGGAACAGAGAAAUUUUUCCAUGUCUGUAAACAGUGCAGCUGUACUUCGGCUGACAGGGCGAGGAGGUGGGCCGAUAGCAGGGGCAGCAAGAGGCCGAAGUACCUCAAGGGGUAGAGGCCGGGGAAGAGGAGAUGGAGGGUUUUACCAAAGAAGUUUUGAUGAUGUGGAAGGUUUUGGUCGUGGAGGGAGGGAGAUGCACCGCUCCCAAAGCUGGGAGGAAAGGGGAGAUAGGAGGUUUGAAAAGCCAGGUCGAAAAGACCCAGUAGAUGCUGCUCCAGGACAUUUUCAGAUGAAUCACAUCCGAGGCAACUAUGAGGAUGGUGGAACAGUCCUUCAGAGGAAGCAUGAGUUCACGCGUGCAGAAAGUGAGAACUGGCGUUCUUCUCGUGAUGAACAGAACGGUGAGGAUGAUGAGGGGGGCUGGCGUCUAGCAGGCUCUCGACGGGACGGUGACCGGUGGUGCCCCCCGAGCCCAGAUGGGCCUCGGUCAGCAGGGUGGCGGGAACACCCAGAUCAGCGUCGCCGUUUCCCAUUCGAUGCAAGAGAAGACGAGCGUGGCUACAGGAGGCCACGGUCAGGCAGUGGCAGCCUGGAAGACGAGAGAGACAGCCUGCCAGAAUGGUGCCUGGAGGACGCAGACGAGGAGGCAGGCACCUUCGACUCAUCAGGGGCUUUUCUCUCACUCAAGAAGGCUUCCAAGGAGCCGAUCCUGGAGGAGGCAGAGCUCGAAUUCAAACCCUUGGAUGAAUGUGAGGAGGGCCUGGAGGAAGAGGACAGUCAGCCCAAGGAGACCAAAGAAACAGAAACAGAGGCCAAGAAAGAGGCUGAACGAAAAGAGCUGGCAAGAGCUUCAGAAGAGGCUCCACCUGUUGCUUCACCUGUUGCUCUCCCAGUCUCAGAGCCGCAGGCUCCUGCCCAGUCUCUGUCCCACAGUCAGCCCAGUAGAACAGAAGAGUCUGAGAGGCCAGCUGAACGACAGCCGCCCCUGGAACUUCCACCAGAACCCUGCAAAGUCCCUCUACAUGUCCCCAUGUCUAACAGCAUGUCCCUACCCAUGACCCACAUUUCUACCACUCUUGCAGAAGUAUCUGCUCCAUCGUCCACUGUGCAGCUACCGCAGCAAAAGCCAAUGGAAGUUCCUGUGGCGAUGAACAAUCCUUUGCCCUUCCCUUCAAGUAUACUGGCACCUAUUAGCAGGCCCACCACUGUGCCACAGGACACAGAUGAAGAUGAGGGACUGAAACACUUCGAGCAGGAGGCAGAAAAGAUGGUCGCAUAUCUACAGGAUGGUGUGGUGGAUGAUGACAGGCUUACAGCAAAGACUUCAGAGAAGCCCAAACCUGCAGGCCUGCCACUCACCCACGAGGCUGCUCUCAAGUGGUUCUACAAAGACCCCCAAGGGGAGAUACAGGGUCCAUUCAGUAACCAAGAGAUGACUGAGUGGUUCCAGGCAGGUUACUUCACAAUGUCUCUUUUGGUCAAAAGAGGAUGUGACGAAGUAUUUCAACCACUUGGAGAGAUCAUGAAGAUAUGGGGGAGGGUACCGUUCACUCCAGGCCCUGCACCUCCACCUCUACAGGGGGAUGGUGAUCAAGAGAGAUUGAAGAGGCAGCAAGAGCUUACUGCUCUCAACCUCUACCAGUUACAGCAGCUCCAAUAUCAAUACCUCCUGAGGCAGCAGUAUGCUCAGGCCUUGGCCCAGCAGAAAGCUGCAGCUCUUAGCUCGGCUCCGCUUCAGCAGCAGCAGCAACACCAACAGCAGAUCAACCUGCUUCUACAGCAAUACCAGGCACUCAAGAUAAGAGCGUCUGAGAGCCUCCUACCUCCUGUUACCCGGUCCCUGUCUGUACCAGAUUCUGGUUCUGUGUGGGAAAUACAGAACCCGUCCUCUCAGGCUUCCUGCACACCAAACCUCCAACAAGCUGCUCCAAGCACGUGGGAUGGCAGCAGCGUGUGGGAUUUACCUAUAGACUCGAUGGCACAGGCUCCAACCAUUGAGCAGAUGCAACAGUUCGAGAAGUCAAAGUCUGCAAAGUUGGAACUAGAGAGGCGAGAGGCAGAAAUGAGAGCCAAAAGGGAGGAAGAAGAGAGAAAACGGUUGGAGGAGGCCCUGAGGGCUCGACAGGAGGAGGAACGCAAACGUUUAGAAGAGGAAGAGUUGGCACGGCAAAAACAGGAGGAGGCAUUAAGACGGCAGCGAGAGCAAGAAGAGGCACAGCGUAGGCAAAAAGAGGAAGAGGAGAGACUAGCACAAGAGGAAGCUCUUCGUAGAUUGGAAGAGAGGCGGAGGGAAGAAGAGGAGAGAAAGAAACGGGAAGAGUUCCUCCGCAAACAGGAAGAGGAGCGCAGAAAGCAGGAGGAACUUGAAGUUUUAAGGAGGCGUGAGGAGGAGAAGCGAGCAGAGGAAGAGGCAGCAGCAGCUGCUGCAGCUGCAGCUGCUCUGGCCCAACAGCAGGAGGAGGAGCAGAGGAGGAGAGAGCAGGAGGCCCAGCGACAGCAGGAGCUGCAGCGACAGAGGCAGCAGCAACAAGAGGCCCUCAGGAGACUUCAACAACAACAGCAGCAGCAGCAACUUGCACAAAUGAAGCUCCCAUCCUCUUCGAAGUGGGGCCAGCAGUCGGCAAACGCGAUAAACCAGACUCAGAACACCCUGUCACUGGCUGAAAUCCAGAAACUGGAAGAGGAGAGAGAACGACAGGCGCGGGAAGAGCAUCGACGUCAGCAACAAGAGCUCCUGAAGCUACAACAACAGCAGGCCUUGCAACUGGCUCAGCAGCCCCAGGCUAAGUUGUCUGGUUGGGGUAGUGUGGCCAAACAGCCAGCUAUUACCAAGUCUUUGCUAGAGAUUCAAAGGGAAGAAGCCCAGCAGAUGAAACAGCGGAAGGAGCAGCAGCAGCCACAGCAACACCCCACUGUCACCCAACAGAUUCGCACUCAAGCCAGAACUACAUCUCUGAGUAACUCAGUGUGGGGGUCUUUGAACACCAGCUCCUGCACUAACUGGGGCUCAGACUCCAGCAGUAUCUGGGGUGACACCCACAACUCUAACAUGGGCUUCUGGGAUGAGGCUGUGAAAGAGGCUGUCCAACAACCUCCCCAACCCAGGAAAAGCAGCACGCAGAAGAACAACAAAGGCAACGCAAACCUCAGUAACUCUUUGAGUGGGCGGGCCAAUAAGAAGGUAGAAGAGGAGGAGAAGCUGCUGAAGUUGUUUCAGGGGGUCAGUAAGAGCCAGCAGGACACCUUCAUGCAGUGGUGUGAGCAAACACUGCACACCCUCAACACAGCCAACAAUCUGGAUGUUCCCACAUUUGCAUCCUUCCUGAAAGAAGUGGACUCUCCAUACGAGGUGCAUGACUAUGUCAGGGCCUAUCUGGGGGACACGCCAGAGGCCAAGGACUUUGCCAAGCAGUUCCUGGAACGUCGUGCCAAACAGAACGCUAACCAACAGAAACAGGCACCGCAGAACCAACAGCAAGCCCACAAGCAGCAGCAGGAUUCUGUAUGGGGUGGAACAGGAUCUUCAUCGCUCUACCAGUCCAACCAUACGAGUGGCCAGCAGCAGCGCUUCGAGACCGUCACCUCAGGGAAGAAGAAAAAGAAGCAGAAGAUGGUCCGUGCUGACCCCAGCCUUCUAGGUUUUUCUGUGAAUGCGUCAUCUGAGAGAUUGAAUAUGGGAGAGAUUGAGACUUUGGAGGACUUUUGAGGGACUGCAGCCAAGCGAAACCCCACUGACUGUAUCCGAUUUGAACAGCAGCUGUGUUACCCGAACCCCUGUCACGGCCCCUCGACUGCUCUCACAACUUUCAACUUUAUAUUCAGUUUACCCGUUUAUCAGAGAUACUCUGGUAUCCCCCCUCCUCCCCAUGAACGCCUAAUUGUGAACAAAGGGUGACCUCCGAGCUCCGAGACAGACCGUGUUUUUUCUGUUGCUUACGGACCUAUAAUCUGAUGAAAACCCUCCAGAGAAACGGACUGGAGCUAACUGGCCAGUGAAACAACCGACCAGCCCAGAGAGUUUCCGAAGGGGUGUUGAUGUCUGUUCAGCAUCAGCUGCUCGACCCCAACUUAUGUGCUGUUGUAGAAAUUCAACACAGUAUGAAAUUUGGCCUCCAUUGUAUGGGAUUAUUUUAAGUGUGGAUAUCGCGGUGGGUGGUUGGGGUAUUAUGGGAAAGGUUUUUGUUUUAUUUAUUGAAAAUUCCCCCCCCCUCAAACUUUAAUCCUCCCCCUUCUCUUUUCCCUCCGUUUUCUGCUGGGUGUUCAUGGAUAAUGAUGGCAAAGUAGAGCCCAAGGAUUCGUGCCCACUUAUGUCCUGUUUUAAGGACAUGUUCAAAAGUUCCAAGUAGUUAUCUAUUUCUUGUAAAAUACUAGGCUGUUUAAAGAAUAAACUUUCAAUUCUGCAUCUGUAUUAUAAUAUAUGAAAAUGAUCUGCUGGAGUCAUACUUUUUUUAUUGCAGUAUGAAAUAAUAAAACAGUCUGAAUUGUG